AUCAUAAAAAUUUCAACUACUGAGCGCAUGAGCCAUCUGUGCACACACACCAAGAGAAGAUACGCGCAUAAUGAAUUAAUGAAUGCUUGAUACCGUCCAGUUUUUUGUCCUUGAUUAUUUGGGUUUAGGUUUAGAUAAGAAGUUUCGGUUUAGCUUUUAUCUGUUUGCAUUUUGAUCUGAGAGACCUCCGCAAAUCGUUACACAAUUCCGGGGAAUUACCUUCGAAGAUAGUAAUGUGUUAAGCCGGUUGUAGGGUAUAAUCUUUGUAUCAGUACACUUGUCGAAGAUUUGAGUGUUCAGUAUGUGGAAAAUCAUAAGCUUGGUGGCGUUUACUCUUGUAUGGGCAUAUGCAAGCUCUCAAACUGAAGAAUUUUCGAUAACGGAUUGUAAAAACGUAACGUGUUGUAAAAACUUAACGUCACCUGCUGGAAGUUUCAAUUUAAAAGAGACUAAUCUUUCUCAUGCAGUGUGUUAUUGGGUAAUAGAUCCUGUUUCUAAAGCAAAACAUUCUGAACCAAAAGUGAACAUCUUUUUUUCGAUUCUUUUUUUGCAUGCAAAUGAUGUUGUAACAUUGUACAAGAAUUUAGAUGAUGCUAUUAAUGAUACUCCACCCUUGAUGAACCCACUCUAUGCCCAGAAUGGUUCAGUAACAGUUCUUACCAAUGAGAAAGUAGUAGUAAUCAAACUGAAAGGAAAUGACACAUCAUAUAUAAGACAAUUUGAAGGAUUAUAUCAGGCAGAAGGUAAGGAAUUUAUAAUUAUUUUAUAUGAAAUUUCGAAAAAAUCAGCAGUUAAACUAUAUUAUUUUUGGGAUGUGAUAU